CUCGCGAGCGCUGCGCGUGAAGCAACAUCUUUUACCACCACACUCUGUCCAUCCCGCUCUGUAAGGGCUCAGACCUCAAAGGGAAUACAAAGUGCUGUUACAUCACUUUAAAUAGAAUUUUCGGGACUGUUCGCCCUGUUUUCAUUAUGUUUUGACAGAGACACCAGCAGUUGUUUCGCCACUUUAUUGGCAUUAACUUGGAUUAUACACGCGCGAGAGGUGUUGAUUUCGCGCCGCUUUUUGCCGUCGUGUUUCUUUAACCCUCUUUACUAGAGUGGAAUAUCUGUGGACUUUAUCAACGCUACGGAGGAACGGGAAAGAGCUUAAAGAAUUUAAAAGGAAUUUCAAGAUAUAUUUUUUUUUAUUAUUAUUAUUUUAAUCUUUCCUUUUCAAGUGCGUAUGAUAUCACUAUUUGUGUGGUUCUAGAGUCUUCGCCGCCCCUUUUAGACCAGAAUUAGUCCGUGUGGUCCCAGAGUAGAGGAUAGUGUCUUGUCGAUCUCGCUCACUCUCCCCUCUGUCCCUUCCUUCUUCCCCCUCGGUCCCCCUGAGGUUAUUUGUCUAUUUUUCAAUGGAAUAACUGGUCAGGAAAGCAACUGAACGACGCGGUGAAUUUUUUUUUUUUUUUUUUUUUUCUCAACGCCUGCAACUGACAGGUGGUUUAGAGUUGUCUCUUCUCCGGAGAAUGCUCAAUGAUCGAUGGGGAAUCAUGAACAGCUCGUCAGAACUCGAAGACGGACAGCGGGGCAAAAACCAGACAUUCUGUGAAUGUGUGCCCAACUCCUCUCAGCUCAAACAUCGAUGGUCAGACUCAGACACAGUCAGACAAACACCACCCAAGGUAAGGAGGAUGAGUUGUAGCUAUCUGCUAUGUACCAUCCUGCUCUUCGUGGCCGUUCUCCUUGCAGUCACAGUGACGGGAACCAUUCUUCUUAUGAACCAUUACCAGGCUCCACCCAUGUCAGAUGGCCCUCCCCAUAUUAGUACCAAUCAGGAUGAAGCCAAUGCAUUGGUGACAGUUGAGAGGGGUGAUGGAUCACGCAUCAAUAUCUUUAUCGACCCCAACUGCCCUGACUAUAACAGCAACUUCCUGCGACUGGAAGGUGUGCAGACAUCUUUGCUGCACUCUCUUACUGACCACGAUACGGAUUUGAAAUCCGUCAAAGGUCAGGAUCGUGCAUUAUUGGUCAACUUGGCAGAGGAAGUAGCUAAGUUGUCUGCCCAUGCAGGCCAGUUGAAGAUGGACUAUGAGUCUCUGAGAAGAGGACAAAGCAACCUAGGACAGGACUUGACCACACUGCAGACUGAACAGAGCAGACUAAUACAGCUUCUGUCUGAAAGCCAAAUUAACAUGGUGAAGAUUGUGAACUCCGUAAGCGAUGCUCUCAACACCAUGCAGAAGGAUACAGGUGGUCUCAAGGCCAGAGUGAAGGCUGACCUGCAAAGGGCACCAGUCAGAGGCGUUCGCCUUAAAGGCUGCGCAAACGGCUCUCGUCCACGUGAUUGCAGUGAUAUAUAUGCUAGUGGUCAGAGGGAAGAUGGCAUAUACUCUGUUUUUCCCACUCAUUACCCUGCUGGCUUUCAGGUCUUUUGUGAUAUGAGCACGGAUGGAGGUGGCUGGACGGUUAUCCAGCGGAGGGAGGAUGGCUCUGUGAACUUCUUCAGGGAGUGGGACUCCUACAGAGAAGGAUUUGGCAAAAUCACUGGAGAGCAUUGGCUCGGUUUGAAACAGAUCCAUGCUCUGUCUAUCCAAGGGAACUAUGAAUUGCGUAUAGAUCUUGAGGAUUUUGAGAACAGCACAGCUUUUGCGCAGUAUGGCGUUUUUGGAGUUGGACUAUUCUCUGUUGAUCCAGAGGAUGAUGGUUACCCCCUAACCAUCGCUGAUUAUUCUGGCACUGCAGGGGAUUCUUUGCUAAAGCACAACGGAAUGAAGUUUACAACGAAAGAUAGCGACAACGAUCAUUCAGAGAACAACUGCGCUUCGUUCUACCAUGGCGCCUGGUGGUAUCGCAACUGCCACACCUCUAACCUAAAUGGUCAAUAUCUGCGCGGACAGCACACUUCUUACGCUGAUGGAAUUGAGUGGUCAUCCUGGACUGGGUGGCAAUAUUCGCUAAAAUUCACGGAAAUGAAGAUUCGGCCGACACGUGAAGAGAGGGAGAGCAAGUAAAUGGCAAAAAUGAAAAGAAUCAAACAAUUUAAUGUGUGAGGAAGUUAAAAAAUGAAUAAAACCACAAAAAUACAUGUUUGAAAGACUUCAAUAUGGAUCUUACAAUGUGG